UGCGAACUUAACAAUUGGUGCAGAUAAUAUCGUUAUACUUGAUGUCCACCAGUGUCAGUUGAUUUUUCCAAAAGUCCUCCAUCGGCAAGAUAUCGUCGACUGUUGAUUGUAUUAUGCCAAGUGCAGCACGUAGAAAAAUUGGUUUAGCGAAGUGAAGGCUACUGCAGGUGCAAAAAAAAAGUUCUCCGGAAAAUCGAUUCAGCUGUUACGAGCGGAAGCACCUAUACGUGCAUAGGAUCGAGUGAAAAAAUUAGAAAAAUUGAUGAAACAAGUAAUCAGGACGGGUCGAAAGAAGGGAGAGAAGAAAUACCGAUGAAUUGUCGAGGAAGAGAAAAAUAAAUGUGUCAUUGUGAUUUUGCCGAAGCAUUCGAUACAAUACAUCUGUGUACUGUGACAGUGUGUUUUUGUUCCCGUUGUUGUUGUGGUGGUGAUGUGUUGAAAGGCAGUACUUAAUUCCGAAAAAAAUCUGUCAAAUGUAAAAACCAAGACUACAUAUUCCCGGAAAACGCGCGACGGCGGUGUUAUUGUGCCCACAACCCCAUAAGAAGACGACUUUGUCGAUUGAUCGCACCGUGUGUAAUGAAACCUCGCCGGAAGAGUAUCAACUAUGAGUUGAAGCCACACAACUAACCGGGACUGGCAUGGAGAAGGAGAGCACCGGGACGGGCGGCGGAGGAGGCGGGAGCAGCGGAGGUGGCGAUGCGACCGUUACGCCAGGCGCCACCUCCACCCCUGACCAUCUCCAGGCGGAUCAGGCCAACUCCUUGCUGGAUCCCACCGCACUGUUUGGUGCUUAUUGGCCCCGUGGUGACUUUCCCGGCAUGCCCGCGGGUUACGGCCUGGCCGGGCACCACCUGCCCUCCGCCUACGCGAUCCUGGGCGGGCGCAACGGGGCAGGCUCCGGCGGACCGGGUGGAGCCUCGGGCCCAGGUAGCUUCGGCACGGCCCACGGGGCAGCCACGGCCCCCGGCUACCCGCACGCCAGCCUCGGGCCCCUAGGUGUAGCCGCAGCCGCCAGCCAAGCCGCCAGUCUUGGCAUCAACUCGGCCUCGGCCGCCUGGUGGUCCAUGGCCACCCACCUCGCCACCCAGGAGUACCUCGCCAGGCUACAGGGAGCCGCCGCCGCAGCCGCCCUCCCCGGCUUCCCACCCGGCGCCGAGGGCCUGCUGCCCCCCUACCCACCUGGACUGCUGGCGGGACCAGCCUCGCACGCCGCUCACUCGCACUCGCACUCACCCACGAGGUCCAUCUCCAACGCUACGGGAACUACCAACUCCGUUGCCACCUCCUCGUCAUCCUCGGCCCACAAAUCAGCCACCACAAGCAGCAGCACCAACAGCACCAACAGCACCAGCAGCAGCAGCAGCAGCAGCAGCACCAACAGCAUCAGCAUCAGCAGCAUCAUCAGCGACCCGAGCAGCAUCCUCGGUGGGGUACGACUGCCACCCGACACCGAGAUCAUCAAGUACACCUCGAGCAUAGUCGGGCCCAAGGUGCCCGGCACGACGAAUCGCGGCCGCAAAAAGACCAUAUCGCUCGACUCGCCCUCCGUGAGCUUGCACCAGGCGGGCGGUGGUGCCCUUCAGUCCUCCGUUCCGUCCUCGGCCGGGGCCGGUGGAUUGCUUAUCGAGCCGAGCAAGCACCAGGAGCGCGAGAGGGACCGAGAGCGGGAGCUGCAGUCGGGGCUGGACCGGGUCGAGUUGAUCAAGCUGCCGACCCACUCGACCAACGGGGCGCUCCAGCCCGCCCCGAGUUACGGCUUGGGGAGUAGUGCCGGUGGUGCUACUAGCAACGGUCCCAUCCCCGGUGCCGAGGCCUCGGUGGACGCGCCGCUCAACCUGUCGCUGAAGCCGGCCUCGAGAAACGCGGCCUCGCCCAUCGCCGGUAGCCAGCCUCUCAGCCAACUCAGCAAUCUCAGCCAGUCGCUGCUUGCCUCGGAUCGGACCUCGAGACGCAAGCCCGGCCCAAAGCCCAGGAGGGUACCCCAGAACUCGACAGCAGCGCUCGGACCGGGGGCUGCGAGUCCCUCCCUUGCUCAGCUCUUCGCGGCGGCCGACUCGCCUCAGCGCCCGAGCAGCGGCAGCGAGGAAAACGAGAGCCAGCACCAACACAAGGACAGGCCCCGCAAUCUCGGACGGGGCGUCUCCAAGCCGAAGAAAAACACGGUAGCGUCGCUGCUCGCCCAGAGCCGGGCUCUCGGCAUCAAACCUACCCCUGGCCUCGACCCUAACGUGCCGCUCUCGCACCAGGUCGCGCUGCUCAGGUCCAACAUCCUCGCGGCCCAGCUGCAACAGCAGCACGCGUCGGCUCUCGGAGGUCAGCUCGGCCACGCGGUAGACGACAAGGGCCAGCAACAGCGCUCGCUCCAGGAGAAGAUGAAGAACAAGCUGAUGGAGGUAUCGGGGGAGGAGAGCAACAUGGACGUGACCAGCGAGAGCGGCAGCAAUACCGACGUCCUCUCGGACACGGAUGACGACAACGACGGCGUGGCUGGGCCGAAGAAGCGCAAGCUCAAUCAGCACUACGAGAAGGAACUGCUGCAGCUGCCGCUCGAACGUGGCUGGAAGAGGGAGACGCUCAUCCGAGGCCUUGGCAGGACGGGCGUCAUCAAGGGCGAAGUCACCUACUACAGUCCCUGUGGAAAGAUCUUCAGAAACAGCUCCGAACUGUUGAAGUUCUUGGAGCUGCAGAACGUUUCGGACUUGAGCGCGGUCAACUUUUCUUUCUCCUCGCGGCCACUCGUUGGUGACUUUCUGCAGCCGACGAUGGGCCUAGCGGAGGCCGAAUUCGUGAGGCUACCCGCCCAAGAGGUAGCGAGGAGGCUUGAUGAUCUCAGAGCCGUCGGUGGCUUUCGGGAGUUUAAAGUUAACAGCCAGUUUGAGCGGGACAAGCUGGCGUACAUGAAAAAAUUGGCCAAGGAAGAAGCGCAACGAAACAAGGAGCAGGCCAGGUUGAUAAAGGAGCAAGAAAAGACGGAAAGGCAAGAGGCCGUGCGGAGAGAAAGGGAGCUGCGGAAUCAACAAUUGCUCGAGGGUCGUAAGCGGCUCGCUUUCACGAUCAAACAGAAGAUGAAGAUCAUCCAAGAGAUCGAGCGCGGCAAGAGCAAGAGCGACGUCGCCCGAGAACUUGGCUUGGCGAGCAGCACCGUGGCGACCAUAUGGAAAAAUAGACAAUCCAUAUGCGACAGUUGGAGAUCCCGCGAUAUGAUGCACUCGGACCUAGACGUCGAGACCGCCAAGAAGAUCAUAAGCCACGGGCCUUCCGCGACUGCCGUCGCCGUAGCCGCUGCUGCUGCUGCUGCUGCAUCUGUCCAAACUCAGCAUUCGCCUAUACUCCAAUCUCUGACACUAGCCUCGGCACAGCAACAAGAACAACACUAUCAGCAGCAGCAACAGCAACAAAAGCAGCAGCAGCAGCAGCCAGAGCAACAGCGUCGAUCUCCCUCACCGGUUCGGCAGCAACAGCAACAGACGCCCGCGUCUCUCACCACACCCAUGACUCUGACGACUACCAAGCUGAGCACGACCUCGGCGAGCGAGCCGAGCGUCGUGCCCUCGGCGCAUCAGCCGGAUCACCUGCAGCAAGCUCAGAGCCACACUCAAACUCAGGAGCUCCUCGAGGCCCGUAAAAAGCGCCAAGAAGAAGUGGAAAAACUUCGUUUGGAAGAACAACAGCGCAAGCAACAGGAACGAGAAAUGAAGAGGCAACAAGCAGUUAUACUGAAAGAACAGAUGUACAUGCAGGAGCUGACCAAGCAGCGCGAGAUGCUCUACACCGUCGAGCUGGAGCGAGAGCGCAGGCGGCAGCACAUGAACCUGAUCCGGGCACUGGAGAAUCGGCGCAAAAUGGAGGAACGUGAACGCAAGAGGCUAGAAGCCCGGGCCGAGAGGAUAGCUUCGAAGGAGCGCCGGGCUGAGCAGCGCCGGCUCGAGCUCGAGCUCGUCGAGCAGAUUCGCAAGCCCGUCGAGGACAUGGAAUUGGCCGACCAGAAGGCCCUGCCGAAGCUACGCCGGCUGCCGGGGCUCAGGCUGAGCGGCCAAGCGUUCGCCGACAUCGUCAUGGUAUUUGAGUUCCUUCACAACUUUGGCGAGACCCUCGGCUUCGACAUGGACUCGCUGCCGAGUUUGCGCAGCCUCCAAGCGGCCCUGCUCAACGACGAGGAAGCCGAGGAAGAGCUACUCUCGGUGAUGACCCACCUGCUCGUCUGCGCGAUCGAGGAUCCCGGCAUACCCCAGCCGGCGCGUCAUACGACUGGACUUGGGCAGAGCUUGCGCCAGGCUGACAUCACCCACGCUAACCUGAGCGAGGUCUUGCGCAUCUACCUGUACGCCAAUGCGACCGGCGAGGUCAAGGCUCUGACGGGGGUCUGUUUGGAGCGCGAGCGCGACAAGAGGCUCGCCGACCACCACCAGAACGCACCGACGGACAACGGGCCUCCCACGGGUAGCGGGAAAAACGCCCAGUUUUACGAGCACCUGCACAGCAACGAGACCUGGCGCAUGUCCGAGCGUCUGCGGGACAAGCCCUUCCUCGCGCUCAACCCGACCCACAAGGCACAAAUGCUCGCGUUCCUCUGCAACGAGCUGCUCCAGAACAAGGCGGUCACCCGCCAGAUCGAGCAGAGCCUCGAGAACGUCGCCCAGCUCAAGAAGGAGCGCUUUCUCCUCGACACCAAGAUACGCAAGCUACGACAGUUGCACGCGCGUAAGCAGCGCAUGGAGGCCGUGGGUGUCAUCGUCAACAAGUCCGCCGACGGCAUCAGUUUGACUCCUCUGAUGGCGGUGGGAGCCUCGGUUAUGGCUGGAUCGGCAACGACGACGACAACAAUCAUAGCGAUGACGAAUAAUAAUAGUAGUACAUCUACGACGACGGUGACAGUGGGGACGCCUACGACGACGGUGGCGUCCGCCACUGACGCGUGUAGUACCAUUCCCACGAUUGCUACCAGUACCGUUACUACUGGUACCAGUACCACAGCUGACGCGAGUGACGCUCUGCUGGUGGAGAAUAAGAAAGAGCCCGAGGUGAACGAACAGCCGACUUCCCCGACGCUACCUCCGCCACCACCUCCACCACCACCGCCGCCUCCAGCGCCAGCCCCGGCACCCGCCGGGCACGAUGAGUCGCAUCACGAGGACGAGGCCCAUGACGAGGAGAUGUCGGAGAACGAGAGCGAGGGCACCCAGCCCGAGGAGGAGGAGGACAAAAAUCUGUCGGCCGAUGAGCUUGGCAAGAAGCUCGACAAGUUGCUCAAGCAGUCCGAGGAGCAGCUACAGAAGCUCAACGGUUCGUCCAAGGAGCUGCGAGCACACAUAUUCGGCCAGGAUAGGUACUGGAGACGAUUUUGGGAGUUACCCUGUGCCGGUGGGGUGUUCGUCGAGGCCAUGGAGAGCGCCGAGCCGGAAGUGCUCCCGCUUCAGGCUGAGCUGGACGAAAAGUACAAGAACGCGCCGCCGAAAGAAGAGCCACCAAGCGAGGCUGAACAGCAGAAACAGUGGCAAAGUAACGGGCCCAAUGAUAUCAGCGACGCGUCUCUUAACGAUGCUACGCACGAUGACGACGAGGAGCGGGAGCCCGAGAAACUCGCUGCUGACGUUGCUGUUGAGCAAAACUCGACCGAACAAACAAAUAGCAACGAUAAUAAGAACGUGCAUAACAAUCACUGCAACUCCGAGCUGAUCAACAACUCGACUGACGAGGUGAAAAAAGAAACAGAUAUCGUGGCUGACGACAACGAGGAUGACGAGGUAGCCAAGGCAAACAAACUCGAGGGUUCGAACAAAGUGAAACAAGAACUUGCUGACAACGUAGACGUAAACGUUAAGACGGAGGAGCCCGAAAAAUUGGAAAAUUGUCCAAACGGCGAUGAUGGCACCCCAAAGCUCGACGGCCUUAAGAUGGAAGACAAAAUUUCCGAGGCAAUUGCAAACGGAGACAAAUUCAAUUUGCCCAACGGCAAGGAAUUGAACGGUAGUUUUCCUUCUGGCAAUGACAAUGGCGACGAGGCAAAUUGGUUUUCGAUUCUUCCUCGUGAAACUUGCGACACGCCCGGCUCUAGCACGAAACAGAUCUUUGGUGUGGCCGAAUCCACCGAAUUGAAAAUACCAAUGUUCCCACCUGCUAGUCCGAACUACGAGAGGUGCGAUAGUCCAGCCCCACUCGUUCUCACUCAAGAUGAGGCUGCACAAUUGGAGUAUCUCAAGAUUCACGGUUUGCCACCCCCGGGAGAAGCGAAACCAGUACCGUCAGAUUUGAGGUACGGCUGGUGGAGAAUAACGGACGUGGACACUUUCCAAGAUGUCCUGGAGAAUUUGCACUCGAGGGGUGUCCGCGAGAAAGAGCUUAAACGUACAACCUGGGCAGCGAUGGAGUCUUUUCUCGCAGUGACUGGUAAAAUCCACGUCGACCCGGGAAACCAGGCAGCCACUGAUCUGUCCGACAGCGAAGAUAACGCCAACGAUCCCGUUUCCAUCCCAGAGUCCGAUGACCCGGAAGACUGGAGCCGAGAAGUCGCUCUGCGCGUCGAUGCCCAGCUUCUCGAGCAGGUCGAGGCGCUCGAGGACAAGGUCGCGAAUGCCAGUAUGCAAGUCAAGGGCUGGAAAUUGCCACCUCGAGCGGGUACCGAGGAAGCAGAGGAGCUCGAAAAACUACACGAAAUGGAACAGAUAAGCGCCGUGGAGCAGGCACGUCAGAGGCUACUAUCCCUCGAGGCUGCCAUCGAGAGGAGAUACCUCAAGCCACCCCUUGGCAUUUGUACCGGCGAUCCGAACCUGUCCGCCCUGAAGGCAGAGCAGGCUGCAGCAGCUGCCGCCAACGCCAACGCGGGAGGCUCCAACUCAUCAAACGACGGUGGAUCGACGACAGGGCCCCCGGAGGAGACGACGCCACGCGGCCUGAACAAUUGGCGCGAGGCAACGGCGAGAGCGCACACCUCGGCUCAGUUGGCCAUGUCACUGUACAUGCUCGAGGCCAGCAUCGCUUGGGACAAGAGCAUCAUGAAGGCUGUGAGUCUUAAGUCAGCUAAAAAGUCGCAACGCGUCAGGCUGCAAAAUCGGAGCGUUCGAUCGCGCAAAAUUAUACAGCUUUUGUCUUCUAUUCAGGCUUCUAACUGCCAAUUUUGUCAUAGUGGCGACAAUGAGGAUAAAUUGUUACUCUGUGAUGGCUGUGAUCGCGGCUACCAUACUUAUUGCUUCCGUCCAAAAAUGGAAAACAUUCCCGAUGGCGAUUGGUAUUGCCAUGAAUGUAUGAACAAGGCAACAGGAGAAAGAAACUGUCUUGUCUGCGGUAAACGAGUCGGCAAAAACUUGGUUCUCUGCGAGCUUUGUCCAAGGGCUUACCACACCGACUGCCAUAAUCCUGUUAUGCCAAAGAUGCCCAGAGGGAAAUGGUAUUGUUUGAACUGUCACAGUAAACAGCCAAAGAAGAGGAAUAGCAGCCGGAGAAGUCACAAGGGAGAAAAGGGAGGAGGCACGCGAGACAGUGAAAGUUCCGAUCAUCCACCAGCUAGUCCGACACCGUCGACAACCUCAAAUACACAUGUAGAGGAUGUGAGUUCGUCAGAACCGCCGACACCAACAGCUUCGCCGAGAAAAGAAGGAGGUGUCGGUAAAAGUUUAACAAAAAAGCAACAGCGAGAACUUGCACCCUGCAAAAUUCUUCUUGAACAAUUAGAACAGCAAGACGAAGCGUGGCCUUUUCUCUUACCAGUUAACACCAAACAAUUUCCAACUUACAAGAAAAUCAUUAAAACUCCUAUGGAUCUUAGUACAAUCAAGAAGAAGUUGCAAGACUGUGUGUAAGUUGACUCUGAAUCUCGCCUUGCUUUACUUUGCUUUACAUCACCGUUACU